UGCAGCAGCUGGCGCCGCCGGCCCCCUCCGCGCUGCCCACCGCGGCGCUGGGUAGCGACGCCCGUGACAACCAGCACCGGAAGUACUCGCCGCUCCCGGAGGACGCGACCGAGGCCCAACAGCAGCCCGAAGAGCAGCCGGGCUUCCUGCGCACGCUCGCCACGCAGGUUCGCUUGUUUAUGACCUGCAUGCCCCGAUGGGGCCCCAUAUCAUGCCUCAAGCUGGAGGCCCUUCUUCUGCUGCACGGCGAGUCGGGUGAUUCCGUGGACGGCUUCAGCACGGGGCCCGACGCGGAGAGCAGGCACGGCUCCUUCUUCGCCGAGCUGUCCGAGAGGCCCGAGACCAGGGACGCUUACCUCAACAAGAUGCUGAUCCAGGCCGUGGAGGAGCUCCUGGAGGACGCCGUCGGCCUGUCGCGGGACAACGCGGAACGAGGCAUGCGGCGGCGCAGGCGCUGGGGCAACCCGCUCAUCGCUGUCAUGUUCGGGCUGGGCUCGCGCUGGCCCUGUCGCUGCUCGCGCUCACCCUGGCCGUCAUGA